AUGCCGGGUGGCAUUGACGGUAUGUCCGGCAUGGGGGGCGUGUUCAUGGGCAUGGCUCUGAGCAUGCGGCAGGGCCUGCUGAGUGACCCAGAGCUGAUGGCGGUCUUUAGCAACCCCGAGAUGGUCGCUGGCAUGCACGACAUCACGAGCAACCCGGGCAAUAAUAACCCAGUGAAGCCGUUCAGGACCAGAUCGAUCCAGAGAUUAUGGGGGUCCUCCGCAAGAUAUGGAUGGGCGGUGGCGGUGGCAUGCCUGUCUUCGGAGGCGCAGGAGGUGGCAGCGCCAGUCAGGCCGCGUUUACAGGGCCCACUGUCGAUGAAGUGA